AUGUCUGACACGCCGGAAGGGAUUGUCGAAUACGCCUACGACAACAUUACAGAAUGGUAUCUGCAGUGGGUCAAGAGCCAGAAGUCGCCGCGAGAAAGAUACACCCAGAUGCUGCUAGACACGCUACAACAACGCUCACCCUCCAUUCUAGAGCUUGGUUGUGGACCCGGAGUUCCUAUUGUGAAAAUGCUCCUCGACCAAGGCGCCCAAGUAGUCGCAAAUGACAUCUCAGCCAAGCAGAUCGCGAUGGCCAAGGCCCGGUGUCCAGGGGCUAAGCUGCUUGCGGGUAACAUGACUACCCUCGCUUUCGAGCCUGCGAGCUUCCAUGGUGUCAUCAGCUUCUAUACGCUGUUCCACCUUCCACGCUCCCAGCUCAGGGCCAUGCUUGCCAAGAUCCAUGGUUGGUUGAAGCCCGGGGGUGUCUUUGUUUUUAACCUGGCCACCCUCGAUGAGGAAGAAAUCCAUGGCGAAUUCCUGGGAUACGGGAUGUUCUGGAGCAGCUAUGGUGUGGAUGAGAAUCGGGCAUUGUUAGUAGAAAUCGGGUUUGAUGUCUUGCAGGUGGAGGUAUUGCACGCUGGCGAUGGGAAGUUGGAGGAGGGUGAUCCAGACUUUGAUGCCGAGUUUAUGUGGGUGAUGGUACAGAAGAAGGAAUCUAAAAGGUAG